AUGGCGGAAGCAAAACAGGAAUCUGAUAGACUCGCAGAGCAAAUCCAUGCCGCACCUGGAACAGAGCUCCUGUUUGAUGGUAGCGAUAAUGGGAGUAUUUCCGAGCGGCUUCACCAGCUGAAGCAUCGGAAGACAGGCGAUGGACGCAUGUUGUUGGUUCCGCAACCUUCCCUCAACGACCCAAAUGAUCCCUUGAAUUGGUCUACAACGAAGAAAUAUGUAGUGUUCGUCAAUGGCUGCUGGUUUGCAUUCAUGGGCGCUAUUACUGGUCCUAUCAUGGCUGCUGGUAUGAUGCAACUGACCGCUACCUUUGGCAAGAGCCUCCAAGAAUUGACCUACGCGAACGGAGCUUGUUUGAUCAACCAGGGUGUAUGGAAUUGUGUUUGGAUGCCAUUCGCCGUCAAAUAUGGUCGCCGGCCAAUUUAUCUCUUCUCAAACUUUCUCAUGGCUAUCGCCUGUAUCUGGCUGGCCAUUGCAUCCAACAAAAACUACACUGUCUUCAUCGUCGGGCGUGCUUUCCUGGGUGCUUUCCAGGCGCCCAUCGAGUCAAUCGUUCCAUCAACAGUGACCGAUAUGUUCUUUUUGCAUAACCGCGGAGAGCUCAUCGCCCUCUAUGGAUUGUCUGUCCUUGGAGGUAACGAACUUGGACCCAUGUUCUCCGGGUUCAUCGUGCAGGCCCUUGGAAUGGACUGGGCCUUCUGGAUUGUGGCCAUCUUCGUCGGAGUCAGCGUAGUCUCCAUGUUUUUCUUCAUGCCCGAGACCAAAUAUGACGGACCCCGUCCUGAUCCAUUCAAAACCACCAAAACAACUCAAGACUCCGACUCAAAGGAUGAGGUUAUGGUCCAGGACUCAGCUCCCAUCCCCAAAAAGACCUUCACGCAGGAACUCAAGUUCUGGAGUCGUGGAGAUCCAACCGUGGACCUCCUCCACGUCUUCCUGCGUCCCUUUGUGCUCUUGGCCUAUCCCACCGUCCUCUGGUCAUGCUGCAUUUACGGCAUGGCUCUUAGCUGGAAUGUGAUCCUCGGUGCCUCUGUGGCACAGCUAUUUGCACCACCCCCCUACAAUUUCAAUUCCAAUGCACAGGGUCUGUUUUUCCUAUCACCAUUUAUUGGUUCUCUUUUCGGCGUCUUUUUCUCUGGUACCGCCUGUGACUGGAUCGCCAACUUCUUCACCAAGCGCAACAACGGCGUCCGUGAGCCCGAGAUGCGCCUCCCCACGUGUCUGCUGGCAGCAUUUUUCACAUUCUUUGGUGCGCUUUGGUUCGGACUUAGCUACAAGCACUCCCUGCACUGGGGGAUGCCCGUUGUGGGGGCUGGCAUUUUAUCGGUAGGAAGCCAAAUGGGAACCACGCUAGGAAUGAGCUAUGCUCUGGAUUGCCACAAAGAGCUUUCCGUGGAGAUUAUGGUCACUAUUGCUGCGCUGAAAAGCUGCAUCGCGUGGAUCUGGACGUGGGUCAUUAAUGAUUAUAUCACUUCCGAUGGUGUGUUGAGUGUCUUCAUGACCGUUGCGGCUAUUAAUGUGGUGGUAUAUCUGUUCUGCAUUCCUUUCUACAUCAAGGGCAAGGAUAUGCGGAUUUGGCUGCACCGAAAGGAUUUCCUCCGGGCUCUUGGUAUCCUCUAG